UGUUUCUGAGCUACUUUUUUAAGGCCCAUUUCUCUUUAUUAAUCUCCAACAACAACACCCCACUUCUUCAGCACUCCACUAUACUUCAAUUCUCUUUAAAAAUGGCGUCAACUCUCUCUCUCAUCCUCUUCGUUCUCUCCGUCUUCUCCAUCUCUGCCACUCAUGCCACCCACCACCACGCCGCAGCUCCGGCGCCCUCCGUACACUGCUCCAGUUUGGUGCCGAAAAUGGCUGACUGUUUGUCUUAUGUGUCAAACGACAAUACCACAACCAAACCAGAGAGCACUUGUUGCUCUGGAUUGAAAAUUGUGUUGAAAACUGAUGCGGAGUGUCUCUGUGUGGCUUUCAAGAGUAGUGCUCAGUAUGGUGUUGUUCUGAAUGUCACCAAGGCUCUUGCUUUACCUGCUGCAUGCAAGCUGCAUGCCCCUUCUGUCUCUGACUGUGGAUUGUCUUUGGCUCCCACUGGUUCUCCUGGUGUAUCUCCACCAUCUAUUGCUGUUGCACCUAGUUCUACUUCGACCUCUGGAUCGAACGAGCAAGCACAAGCACCAUCUCCAGGGGCCUCAAGUUCUCAAGGGUUAUCUAUAUCAGUCGGAUCUCUAGCCAUUGGCUUUGUAAUUGCAGUGAUCUCUAGUUUCUGAGAUGUAAUUGUGGUACCAUUUUGAAUCUGAGUGGAGAAGAUACAUAUUAUAUGAGGACUAAUUUGAUGUUUAGCUUGAAUAGUGGUAUUUUGAGUACUUGCAGUAGCCCUCUUACUGAAGUUGUGACUAAAGUAGAUAUGAAUUCAUUGUCGCUCACUGAAAACUUCUUUUGUGGUUUGAAUAUCUUUUCAGUACAUCAAAGUUCAUAUAUGUUUAUAUUUUGA